UAUUGUUACAUAACUACAUAUUAUGUUGAUAUAAUGAAGUAAAGGAAUGAAGUAAAGUAUUAGUGCAGUUCUCGUGUGAUUGUUGUUGUUGUGAUGGGCCGCGGCUCCUGCCUCAUCACCUCUUAUUAUGUCUAACGAGGAAAAAGAAGUCACAAGUAGUGAUGACAAGUGUAUAAAGGAAUGUGAAAACAGCAAGACUUCCCCAGACAGCUCAUGUGAUGCAGGCAAUGGAGUGGUUAUUGAGACUCGUCCACAGAGCUCAGAGGAAACCCCGAGCACAGACACACAAGAAGACAAGCCAACCACUCAGUCUGAAGGGCUACCCACAGGGGAAGCAGUAAGUUUCAAGUUAGUAUACAAUAAGACAAAAUAUGAUAUAGAAUUUCCUGUAGAUGGAACAGUCAAGCAACUGAAAGAGCACCUUACAUCAAUAAUAAAUGUAUUACCAGCAAUGCAAAAAGUGAUGAUCAAGGGACUUGCUAAAGAUGAGAAGACUCUAAGAGAACUUGGAGUAACUCGUGGCUCCAAGGUUAUGGUGGUGGGCUCUAAGCUGGAUGAUGUUGUUAGUGUCAACACACCAAAGUCAGAGAGCUCAUCAUCAGAGAAACCAAGCACCACCACCUCAAGUAAAGAGCCGUUAUGUAGACAGAAACUCCAUCGCAAGAUCAUUGACAAAGGAGUGCCUGAGGAUGCUAUGCCUGGAAUUAAGAACACCAAGGAUGUAUUACCAUCAUAUCCACUCUCGGGGAUGGUCAACAAACAUGGGGGAAAAGUGCGUCUCACCUUCAAGCUGGAACUUGACCAGAUCUGGAUUGGCACAAAAGAACGUACUGAGAAGGUCAACAUGAACCACAUCCGUCACAUUGUAUCCGAGGCAAUAGAAGGCUUUGAGCAGUACCACAUCAUGGGUCUGCAGCUGGGACCAACAGAGGCCUCAAGGUACUGGAUCUACUGGGUGCCUGCACAGUAUGUUGAUGCUAUCAGAGAUACAGUCCUCGGCAAGUGGUAAUGCAUCAGACCCUCUAAAGUUACAUCCAUCAAACUUAUAUAUUUUGUUAUUAUAAAGUUUGCUUAUUUAUAUAAAGUUUAAACAUCUUGAGCAAUCAGAGAAUAUGAAAAUUCAGAAGUUGGCAGGGUUAUCAGAGACUGCACUUUAUUGCUACUGGACAUAAUUAUGAAUGCAGAUGUUUUGUGUUGCCAGCAGCUGUUUGAAGGCUAAUAUGAUACACACAGUCUCUUAUAUUACAUAUUUAUGUAUUAGACACCAGUUGCUUAGAAUGCAUUAAAACAAUAGGCUAAUAUCCAUUACCAUAGAUAUAAAAAAUGGAAGUGCCUGGUGCAUCUUAUAUUCUUAAAAUCAGCAAUAUAAUAUUCAAGAUGUUAGAAAUGGCAAAGUCUCAUUUGUUCAUGUUCAUUAUUUUUCAUUUUGGGUUAUUUCAUUAUUUUUCAAUAUGGAUUUCACAAAAGAAAAAAUAAGGAGGAUACAUUCUUGUGAUAUUAUUUUAGGUUACUAAAUAAAUUAUUUUAACAAAAGCUGUCAAUUGACAUAUUUAUAGCAUAAGGAUUCAGCCUUUAUCUUGUACCUGCCUGUUAUAACUUUGAGUAUUGUUCAGUAUUAGUCACAACAUUACUUUGCCAUUUCUUACAUCCAACAUCAUGUUCCCAGUCUUGAUAUGAUAUUCAGGAAUAUUUAAAGAGAGUCACUGAAGUACUUCAAAUGAUAUAUAUAUAUAUAUAUAUAUAUAUAUAUAUAUAUAUAUAUAUAUAUAUAUAUAUAUAUAUAUAUAUAUAUAUAUAUAUAUAUACUUUUUUCAUUGACUUUGAUAAUGUCUAUUACUUUCUUUCAUUCAGGCAUACAUAAGUAAUGAUGAAGCCAUAACCAUAUACUGGUGCUUUCAUUUAAUUUUAAUUUCUAAUUUUGUGUGAUGUGAAGGACAUUUGCAAGGCAGGCUAUGAAACAAAAAGCAAAAGGCAUAAUUUGCACAUGGCACUAUCUGUGUUUCAUAGGCAUUUAAGUGUAAAAAAUGUAUCCUCUUUUUUGACUUUCAGAGCUGGUGCUUUCAAAAGUUUUCAAAGUGGGAAUGUAUCUACAUGAUGAAAUAUUUAGCAGUUAAAUUUGUAGUGUCAAGCAAUGCAGCACAUAAUGCAAAUGAUGUGGCUUCAUCCGUCAUCGUAUACAGUUCCCCUCAGAUGAAAAUAAGAAACUAGAAAGAUAAAUGGGACAGACUAUUUUUAUUUAUUAUUAUUUUCUGGUGUUAAAUGGUGUCUUAAAUGAUAUUUAGGAAUGAAACCAAACAUAAUUUUUUUUACUUUUGGUAUAAAACAUUUAAUACUAAUACUCAAAUUUUUAUCCAUCAACAAAAUGUUUAGCCUAGUAGAUACAGUACUCAUUAAUUAUGAUGGUUUUAUGUCCUACAUUGCUCAAAAUAACAAUUAGGCAAAGUUUGAAGUUUUGAAAAAUGUAUUUUAUGGUAUGUUAGUGUUUAUCAGAUACAUUUGACAUGUUAGCUUGCUAAUCAUAAGAUUUCAUUUAUUUUAUAGUAAAGCUCAAUUUAAAAAGUGAAAAUUGUGAGUUUUUUUUUCUAAAUAUCAGGAGAGCUUUAAUUUUCAGUUAACAUUGCAUUUUAAGUUUAAUUCCUCAUCCCCUAAAAAAGUGUAUGCUUGAGCUCUUUUUUUUUUUUAUAUGUAUUUUUCAUAACAGCUAUAUAUUGCCCAGGUAACUACUUAAGUAUCUCAAUUUUUAUAGGAGGAAUUUGACCCAUAUAACAAGUAGAAAAUGUGUCACAAAGUCAUUAAUUAACCCAACAAAUUUUGACUUUUGAAUGAAAAUCUUUUAAAAGGCAGCUGAAUACCUAUCACUGGAUGCUUGAGGUGAUGGUUGAUAGCUUGAGUGAUCACCAGUUAACUGUGAUUGUUGUUUGAACAUACACAUGUUGCUGUGUGAUCAGUAUCUUGUUGCUUAGGAAGUACUGUGGUCUAAAGGCCUACUUUUUUUUUAUGGCACAUACUCUGUUGAGUAAAAACACAAAUAAUAAUCAUCACAUAUGAAGGAAGCAAAUUAAAUAUAACCACUAAAGCACUGUAGUUUCAUGAUAAAAAGCCUAAAGAAGCACAGCAUAUGUGUGACUGGCUCACUCAUCCACCUACUCAGACAAGCUGCUGCCCCAUCACUUUCUACAUGCACUAGUGUACCACAAACAAAAUAUCUUUUUUUCUGAGAAGACAGCCUGUAUUAAGAAUAUGUAUUCUUCUAUGUGCAAUAUAGACUAUCUUCACUCAUAAGUAUAUACAACUGUCUGAUGCUGCAGCUGUAAAGUUACAAUGCUGUAUAAUAUUUGAUUAAGAAAUAUUUUUCUUUAACCAGUUCAGGCAACUAAGCUUCUUCAAAGUACAAGAACAUGGUAUGGUAACUAAUGGCAUGAAGUUUUAGUUAUUCUGGGUGAUAAUGGUCAAACUUCAUAACAGUUCCAUAUGACCAAUGUUUCCCAUUAACCAAGAUAAUAAGAUUUCCUCAGUUACCAAUUGACAGAGUCAGCCAGUGCUAGAGACUCAAGAUUGUUAGACCUGCAUUAAUUAUAGCCAGAGAGCAAGUUGUUAAUAAAUUUAAUGGGACUACAAUAAGGCUGUGUUUUUUGUAUUGCUUCGUAUUUUACGAAUAAAUAUCAGUAUGAAA